AUGCUAAAACGCCUUCAAAAGACCAUCGAGUGGAUGCCACCUGAACCCUACGACCGCCUUUUGCUAAUGCUUCUUGCUCCUGCUAGGCCGAUCCAGACUGAUUCUCCCAUAGAUCUCCACCACAAUAUCUCGCAAUCUACAACUGGCCGUAUUUCUGCGCCUUCAUUUUCUGACAGAAUAAGCUACUCAGAAGCCUCUUCUUUCCUACCUGGCAGCCCUAGUUUUCCAUAUGAUCGCUUAACUGCCACUUUAGGCCCUUUUGAUUCAUUAUCCGGGGCCAAGGCUAGCUGGAACGUAGCGGGGUUGAUCGCGUGUCCUGCCGAUUCGUUGACCGGCUGCAGCCAGGCUGCUCAGAACAAUGCGACUGCCACAGCCUCCAUUUACGCCUCAAAUGCCAUUGGCACUGCUUCAACUUCCUCAGCUACUGGAAGGUUUAGCCUUUGUCAACAGGCCGCAGGCAAUGGAUCAACUUUUGUCUCCGGCCCUUCAGGAAGGCUGGCAACUAAGAGCGCCUCUUGCUCAGGACAUGCUCUUGCGUCGUCUGUAAGCUACGGUCUUGGAGGUUCGGCCUAUGGAUUGCAGCGAGGUAGUGGCGGUGCUAGUGGUGGCGGAUGCAGUGGAAAUGUUGGAUACAGCCGACUGAUUCCAGGCUAUGCCAACUGCUCGAGCCGACGAAAGCUGGCAUCAGGCGCCUCACUAAGUAGUGCACAUGUCAAAAAGCGAUCUGCUCUUGUCGCAGCAGAGGCCUCGCUCGCUUCCACAUCUUCACCACUUGGAAUAGAUUCUAGGGCCUUGCUCACCGGAUCUUCUUAUGCCACAGAUAAGAGCGAUCUUCUGACCAGCCGUCUUGUGGUUUGGCUCAAGAAGCAGAUCUUCGUCCUUGGCCGCAACGAGGAUCAACAUUCUACAGCAUCGCACAUCUUUAUUCGAUAG